CCCGACACUACUGCAGUUUCACAAAGCGGAACUGUUUGUCUCCAUAGGGCGCCGGACCCAUUUCUUAGCACACCACUGUGCUCCGCUGUCCCCGGGCCGGUGUGAAACAAAACAGAGAGCGACAGUGAAGAAGACCGGCGAUGGCGCUGCGAGCGUGUGGCUUCAUUGUGUUCCGUCUGGCCAGCUGUAGUCCCCCACCGGACAACAUCGAGUACCUCCUCCUGCAGACGUCGUACGGCGCACACCACUGGACCCCACCCAAAGGUCACGUGGACCCGGGUGAGGAUGACCUCACCACAGCCCUGAGAGAGACCGGGGAGGAGGCGGGGCUGGGGGCAGAUCACCUGCGGGUGAUUGACGGCUUUGUGCAGGAGCUGCACUAUGAGGUGCGUGGCCGACCCAAGGAGGUGCUGUACUGGCUGGCGGAGCUGAGAGACCCGGGGACAGCAGUGACUCUGUCUGAAGAGCACCAGGACUAUCGUUGGGCCCGGCUGGAGGAGGCCUGCGCUCUGGCACAGUACAAAGACCUGCAGGACACACUGAGGGUAGCGCAUAGACAUUUAGAGGCUCGAGAGGACAAACACUGAUGUGGCGGGGUGUAGACGGUGCAAAGGGGAUACAAAGGAAAGAUGACGCGUGUCAAUCACCCUACGUUGGUAUUCAGUAUGAGAGUACUGCUUUUUAUUCACGCAAUACAACGGUGCUGUCGCUUUCUGCUUUAACUGUUUGUCUUUGUUCAAAUACUUUGUCUCUAGUGAAUCAAAGAUUGAAAUACGGAUUCAAUAUUAGUCACUGCACAAAAAUUUGAUUAUCAAUGUCUUUGAAUCUCCUUAGUCACGUAUAACAUGAUUUAAUGCAUAAAUGCUGCUGAUUUGACUGUAAAUAAACAAACUCUUGGAACAAACUAAA